AACGUGGUGUUAUCGAUGCAAUUUGGCAUCUUUUGAGGGUUUUCUGUUCUCAAUCUUUUCUCAAGACCUCCUCUGAGCAGUUUAGAUCACAAUGCAAAACUUCCAAUAUAGAACAAGUUUUCGAAGUUUUAAGUAGUAAUAGGGUUAUAACCAGAUGUGCAACAUAAGCUAUGACGGUUUUUGUUACAAUCUUCGCUCAUGUUCUAGAAUAUGAGGGUAUUUAAGGUGCCCACAAACUUUCGUCGGCUAGUUUUCAGAGGGUAUUCAAAGAUAGAGACUGUGAGUAGAUAAUUUGCAUCACUCUUCAAUAUGUUUCAGCCAUUCUUCUUUCUUGUGAUGUUGGUUCUCUAUAUUCUGAGUUCGUUUGCGCCUGUAAACGGAAUUCCAGUUCAAAAGCAUCCAGCGAAAAGCUCGCUCACUGAAGAGUGCGUAAGCUUAUCAGGACCUGAAGGCCCAAACGGAGCGUCCUCUCUGUUUCAAGACGCGGGUAGGAAAGUAUAAAACUAACCUUAACCUUAACCUUAACCUUAACCCUAACCCAAGGCGAGAAACAUCAGCAUAAUUUUUUUUUCUGAGAUACUGGUUUUCAAAACGCUUUUCUUAGUGUGCCUUCGAAUCAAAAAAGAUCUGUUGGAUGAAGAUUACAUGAGAGUAUGAUUACAUCUUUUUCAAAGAUAUUUCCAUUGGAAUAUGCACAACGUUAUUUCAAGUCUGCUUAUCCUGACUUGAUCAAAUUUUGCUCUUACUGAACAAAAAGAGACUUAGAAACGGCUUUCAAACUCCAUUUUCUGCUUCUUCAUCUCUUCUAGCUCCCAAGGCCCACAAUGAAUUCCACAAAAUGGAAUCCCAAAGUAAGAUAGAUGUAUCACCACGAGGACUUCAUCCUAAUAACGUGGAAGAUAUAGCUGAUGAACAUGCUUGCCGAAAAGUGGAUAGGAUGGUCAACGCUGCAAACAAUAGCAUCUUGUAUCCUCUCCGCUUCAAUGCUUAUCAGUGCGUGGGGAAAUGCAACAUAAAACAACUUCAGAAUGUCAACAACUAUGCACGGGUGACCCUGAACAUGAAGAAUAAAGUAAAUUCGACGGAUGGCAUGGCUGCCUGUUGUGUGCCGGUCAAAUUGCGGCCAAUCCGUAUAUUGUAUUUCGAAAAGGAUACCGUAGUAAUGCGUUCCCUUGAUAAUAUGAUUGUCGAAGAAUGCGGGUGUUACCAAAUAUUCCAUUAG